AUGCAAUCUAAUUCUUGGUGGUCCUCGUCUUCGGAGGAAGGGGAGAUCUUUUACGCAAACGUUGUGCUAACGGCGGCGAAGAUUAUUAUGGAGGAGGAAGAGGAAGAGGUCUCGUCUGAAAUACACACCAGGCAACAACGGAUUAACAGAGACCGCGGAGGAGCGCACGAGAAAUUGGUGAACGAUUAUUUUUCGGAUGCACCCCUUUACAAUGCCGAGAUUUUCAGACGUAGGUUCCGAAUGAGUCGCCGGUUAUUCACACGGAUUGCUGAUGAUUUGGCGGGGUUCGACCCGUUUUUCACGUUACGAUACGAUGCUCGUGGCGCACGAGGAUUCACCACGUUACAAAAGUGUACUGCGGCCAUUCGCCCACUGGCGUACGGGACAGUGGCCGACGCUUUGGACGAGUACUUACAAAUGUCGGAAAGAACUACACGGGAAUGUUUGUAUCGAUUUUUCGGAAAUGUGGUGAAACUGUAUAGCAAAAAAUAUUUGCGGAAACCAAACGCGUAUGAUGUUCAACAGUUGUAG